ACGUCUCAGAACCUUCUUCCCCUUGGGUCAUCUGAUCCCCUUGCCCCAUUUGGGGAUCGCCUGGCCUGGGGCAGCUGCCUCCGAGGGAAGGCCCUCCUCCCUUGCUCCCUCCUUUCCCAGAAGUGGCCCCUAUGGCAGCCCCUCCCCUUCAGCGAUUGUUCCUCGAAUGGAAGGGCCCCCACCGAGACAAAGCUUGCCCUGGCCUGCAGGAGGUGCCUGGGGAUGCUGCCCUCUUGGAUCCCCGGGCUCCACCCCCCCCCCCCCCAAAGGAGCUGACCCACAUUCCCCUUCCCCAAGUCUGGCCCAGGGCUUUGUCUACACAAAGGUUCCCAUCUGCCCUGCACAAGCCUCGGCUCCAACUCGGGUUAACCCGAGGGCUUUAGUUGUGUCUGGCAGACACUUCAUAGGGGGGGAAACUGAGGGAAUCACAUUGAAGUGACUUGUCUGGACUUAGCCUGUGGCUAAGUCGGAGCUGCCUUCAGGAACGCUCUAGGGGGGGGGAAGCCAGACCACCGGGAACCCCUCUUCUAGGCUCUGGUGGAUAGGUCACAGCUUCCAGCCUGGUCUCUAUAAAUCUAAAAAGUCGGGGAAGAAGUCCUGGCCCCCAACAGGAUGUCCAGCAUGCUCCGUGCUCUGCAGACCCGAACCUCCUGCCUGGGUCGUGAGAAGCCCAGCACACUGGGAGGUUGGGGCGCGGAUCAGGUGGCUCCUCCCCCUGCUCCAGGAGAGCCUCUGUCCCCGCAUGAAUGGGGAACCACCGGUUCCUCAAUGCCUCAGUCCCUCUGGCAAGGACAAUGCACCUAGCUGGGGGGCUGGGGGAGGAGACUACCCCCCCCCAAUUGGGAGCGAUAGAACGCACACAUGCGCACGGAGUCUGCGGGGGCUAGAUAGAUCCCCCCCCCCGUGCGUGACGUGAUGUGGGGGAAGGGGACAUCGGGCGCAGGCGCAGACGACAGGGGGGCGGGGGGAAAGCUUAAGAUUCCAUCGAUAGGAGGGGGGGGUGGCUCUUCGCAUGUUGAAGAUCUCCAAGCGCAGUGAGUAACGAGACGAUAGCUCCUGGCGAGUAGCCCGGGUCAGGAGCUGGAGGAAGAGAGUCCUGGGAUCCACCUGGGUGGGAGUUGAAGGAGGGGGCCGCAGGUGGGCUGUGGCUGAGGGUCGAUAUCCGGGGAUCUGGGAUUGGCGUCCCGGUAAGUGAGCGGGGAGUCGGUACCCCGGGUCUCCAUCCCUGGGCUGCCGGCCCUUCUCUCUUGUUCUUAAGCAUCCCAGGCUUUGGAGCAUGCGCGGUGGAUAAACUUGGGCUCUGCGGGACCCUUCUCCAGCCCCUUCCUAAGAACUCCGCCCCUUGCUUUCCUGAAGCUAUUAAAUACAGUGAUACCCGGGCGGGGGCGGGGGCGGGGGAGGAACGGUGUCUUGGGCCGCUUCUUUCCCAUCCCGGAGCGGGGUGUGAUGGAUGGAAGCACGGGCACUUGAGGUGCGGAGCCAGCCGCUUUCUGUGCACCCCGAACUGCAUCUCCCAGCAGGCCCUACGGCGGCCCCCUUCGGGCAACCCCUUUCAUGGUGCCCAAAGUCUCAUGGGAGUUGUAGUCAGUUCUUGGGGGUUGAGCUGCUCCAGGGUCGGAGGGGCUUGGGGGCCAAUCUCUGCUCCCCCUCCCCGGGUCCCAGGGCGCCAUGGCCGAGGCCCGCCAGGCAGCGACCUUCCGCCUAGAGCUCGGCCAGGGGACCCCCGGGCCAAGGUGGUGGAAUCAAGCCUUGAAGGAGGUCGGCAGUGCGGGACUGCGCUCCUGGAGGCGGAGCCUGGCCCAGUGCAGGGAUGAUGUCCUCCGCGGAGCCUGUCCGGCCGGCACUGCCAGCGGCCUCUUCCUCUUCGCCGCCAUCCAGGGCGCCCGCUUCGUGCAGCUGGACCCCUCCUUGGGGCUGGUGGACUGGAUCAAGGCCAACCUCCCGGACUGGGGUGCGCGCCGGCUCCCCGCCUUCCAAGGGGCUCUGGCAGCCGCCGUCUUCGCCGGGGGCCUCUGGACGGCCCUGCUGCUGACCCUGCAUGUGGUACUGCGGCUCCUCCUCCGCUACCAGGGCUGGCUGAGCGAGCCUCGGGGGACCCUGUCCUUGCCCACGCGCUCCUGGCUGGCCCUGGUCAGGAUCUUCUCCGGCCGCCGCCCGACGCUCUACACCUACCAGCGUUCCCUGCCCUGCCUACCCCUGCCCUCUACGGCGGGCACCGUGGCCAAGUACUUGGAGUCGGUGCGACCACUGCUGCCGGAUGAGGAUUUCCAGGCCCUGAGCACCCAGGCUCGGACCUUCCUCCACGCGGAGGCCCCCCGGCUGCAGGCUCUUCUGGGCCUCAAGGCCUGGUGGGCGACCAAUUAUGUGAGUGACUGGUGGGAAGAAUACGUCUACCUGCGGUCCCGAAGCUCCCUGCUGGGCAGCAGCAACUACUACAUCCUGGACUUCCUCUCGGCGGCCCCCACUCCUCUGCAGGCCGCCCGGGCCGGCAACGCCGUGUACGCCAUGAUGAGGUUCCGGGAGCGGCUUCGGCGAGGGGAGAUGGAGCCCGCGACCCUGCUGGGGCUGCGCCCGCUGUGCUCGGCCCAAUACCGGCGCAUGUUCAACACCACCCGGAUCCCUGGCGUCUCCAGAGAUCGGCUGUGCCACGUGAGGGACAGCCGCAGCUGCCACGUGGCCGUCCUGCACCGGGGCCGCUUCUUCCGCCUGGGGACCCACGGGGGGCCGGGGGGCCGCCUGCUGAGCCCCCGUGUUCUGGAGCAGAAGUUUCAGCACAUCCUGGAUGACCCGGCCCCAGCCCGGCCCUCUGAGGAGCACCUGGCGGCCCUGACGGCCGCUCCCAGGGCCCUGUGGGCUCAGGCUCGGGCCUCCCUGCGGGCAGGGGCCGCCCUGGACGUGGUGGAAGGGGCCGCCUUCUUCGUGUGCUUGGAGGACACCCCGGGGCCCUCGGACACGGCCCCCGAGGUGCUGCUGGACCAGCUGGCACAGUCCCUGCUGGUGGGGACCGGCCACAGCAGGUGGUUGGACAAGUCUCUGAACCUCGUGGUCUUCGCCGGCGGCCGCAUGGGGCUGAACGUGGAGCACGCCUGGGCCGACGCCCCGGUCCCUUCGCACAUGUGGGAGGCCGUCCUGGCUGCCGAGUGCUUCGAACUGGGCUACUCGGCCGACGGGCAUUGCCGAGGGACCCCCGACCCCGGGGCGAGCCGGCCGGAGCGGCUGCGCUGGGCGGUGCCCGAGGAGGUGGCCGCCGCCGUCCCCCUGGCUCUGCGGGAGGCCCGGGCCUUGGCUCGAGACACCGAGUGCCACGUGCUCCCCUUCGCCCACUUUGGGAGAGGAUUCACCCGACGCUGCCGAGCCCCGGGGAGCAGCUUCGUGCAGCUGGCGCUGCAGCUGGCGCGCUUUCGGGACCAGGGCGGCUUCUGCCUGACCUACGAGGCCUGCGUGACCAGGGCGUUUCUCGAGGGCCGCACGGAGACGGUCCGGCCGUGCACCGAGGAAUCCUGCGCCUUCGUCAGGGCCAUGCAGGACCCGAGGCUGCCGAAUGCUCAGCGUCUGGCGCUCUUCCGAGCGGCCGCGGACAAGCACCGGGCGCUGUGCCGGGCGGCCCUGAGCGGCGAGGGCGUCGAUCGCCACCUCUUCUGCCUCUACCUGGUCUCUCGGUUCCUCCCGCUCCCGUCCCCGUUCUUGACCCAGGUUCGGGCCGAGCAGUGGAAACUCUCCACCAGCCAGAGCCCCACACAGCAGCCGCAGCUGUUCGAUCCGGCCAAUCACCCCGACUUUGUCUGCUGCGGGGGCGGCUUUGGGCCUGCAGAUGAUGAUGGCUAUGGGGUGUCCUACAUCUUCAUGGGGGAGAGCAUGGUCACCUUCCACAUUUCCUGCAAGGUCUCCAGCCCUGACACGGAUGCCCGGCGCUUCGGGCGGCACAUUCAGGACGCCAUGCUGGACGUGGCCGCGCUGUUUGGCCUGGGCGUCGGGCCCAGCACAGGGGCCCGGCCAGGCGGGGCGGCCCGGGAGGACAAGAACUCCGGUGAGGGCUCCCGGGGGCCCGACCCCCCGCAGGAACCCCCUGCUCCCGGAGACCCAGAGCCCUGAGGGAGCCGCCCACCCCUGGGGGGUUGUGGCAGCCCCCGAGAGACCCGAGGGGCCAAGGCGGCACCCUGGAGGCUGGGGGACUCACUCAGAAGCCGGGCCCAGGCUUGACCGCCUCAGCUCCGGCUCUGGCUUUAUGGGCGCCUUGGCGGUCCCCCUCCUGUGUCCUCAUCCCCAACAUGAAGUCCGGUUUUCUGGCUACAGAACACAGCCCACCCCUUGGGCCAUCCCCACCUGACGGUUCCACGGGCUGAGGUCACCCCAUUUCCCGGGGGCCAUGGCCUGAGGUCACCCCAUUCUACGGCCGGGCCAUCAGCUCGGACCCUAUCUCGACGGCUGUCACUCCAAUGGCCCCAUUCCAUGGGCCAAGGUCAAUGACGGGCUGAGCCCAUUCCACAGAUUCCCCUUCGGCCCCGCCGCCCCGCCCUUCCCCCUCACGUUGCCUAUCCAGCCCCGACUCCAGCGGUCCGCAGCUAAGCUCCGCCCGGUCCCCUCGGCUCCGCGCCGAUGCCCAGCCCCGGCCUCCACAACAUCCCCGGCCCCGGGCCGCGCCCUUCCCCCGGCCGGCCCCUGGCUUAUUCUGGCUCUGUCGGGCCGGCCGCGGAACACCGGAUGACCCUCAGCCCUUACUGGGAUUCAGGAAGCCAUAAUGAGGCACCUCCCGCGGGCCCCACGGAGGGCGUGGAGCUGGGAGUGUGGAGGCCGCGUUCCUACGGAUGGGGACCCCGCAGCCAGGCCGGGGCCUUCACAGCGGCAACUUGGCCGGGCCUGAGGGAACCCGGGGCUCCCCUCGGGAAGCCCUGGGAGGAAGCGGGGAGCGGCGAUGGCCGGGGGGCCGGACCUCCAGGAGUCCUCGGCUCAAGCUCUGUCCCACACCAGCCGUGGGAGCCGGGGCGAAUGGCCCCUCAGUCUCCUUACCUGUAAAAUGGGAAUAAUACUAACGCCUACCUCCCAGGGUUGUUGGGAGAUAUUUGUAAUGUGCUUUGCUAACCUUAAAGCCGCAUAAAUAAACUCUAGCUAUUUGA